ACUAGCGAGCACUUGCGAAUCAAAUUGAAAUCGACGAAGACGAAGCGUAUCAAACUGAAAGAAGACGAAGCUCGAGCAAUUGGCUGGCGAUGAAUUCGACACGAAAGCGACGCAAGGAGGAUCCACCACCAGGACUGUUUACUCUUCAUUUAAGACAUGGAGGAAGAAUAAUUAAAACUUUACCUGCUCAAUAUAUUGGUGGGGAGGUUAGUACAUUUAAUAAUAUGGAAGAAGAUGAAUGGGGUUUGGUUUGUUUAAAAGAGAAGGUUAGUGAAAUUGGUUUAGGCAUGGAUGAAGGUUUUAGGUACUUCACACUCACUGCCAAGGGGUUGCAAGAAUUGUUGCAAGAUUGUGAAGUGUGGGAUUUAGUUAACCAAUGUAAUAGUCCCAAGGUCAUAGAAAUUUGGAUUGUAAAGGGAAUUGUUGGUGCUGAUUGCAGUAAUGAUGGUAGUGGGGAAGAAGUUGAUGGUACUGAGGAGGAAUAUGAUGGCAGUGGGGAAGAACUAGAUGGCAGUGGGGAAGAACUAGAUGGCAGUGAGGAGGAAUAUGAUGGCAGUGGGGAUGAAAUAGAUGGCAGUGGGGAAGAUGAUGCAGAUUUUGUUAAUAAUACUGAUAUGAAUGCAGAGUAUGGAGGUUUAGGUGAUUUAGAGGUCCAAAACCAAGAUAAUGAUUUCAGUAGGGCAACUGUAUGUGAGGAAGUUAACUACUCUGAUGAAGGCAGCUUGUGUGGCAGUGAUGGUGAGACAGAAGGAAGGAAAGGCAGCUUGUGUGGCAGUGAUGGUGAGACAGAAGGAAGGAAAUUGCCUAAGUUUUUGAAAGAGGUAGAAGGUAAAUGUCCUAAAUUUUCAUUAGGAUUGACAUUUAAAGAUAAGGGAGAGUUUAAGGAAGCUAUUGGAUUGACAUUUAAAGAUAAGGGAGAGUUUAAGGAAGCUAUUACUAAUUAUGCAAUCAAAGAAGGGAAGGAAAUGAAGUAUGAAAAAAAUGACAAAGUUCGAUGUGUUGUGAAGUGCAAGCAUUCUAGUUGUCCUUAA